UUACGUCAUUAUUCUCAUUCACUUAACUUUUUCCGGCAAAUCGGUGUUCUUUAUUAUCAAUGUUCAGAGUAGACGAAUCUUGAAAAAAUUCCAUUGUAAGCGAGACAUAUUCGGAUUCUCAACGAUGUCCUCUGGUUCUGAACAACACGGCUUCAAAAUUGAUGACACCAACCGAAAGUUGAAGAAAACUGAAAUUGAUUUCAUGCGGUUAAUCGAACAGCAAAACUUGGAGCGAGUGCAGAAGCUGCAGCGACAACGGAAAAACAACAAAAUUGUCGGAUUGGCGCUAGGCGGAACUGUCCUCGGGAUUUAUCUCUAUUCGAUUGUUUCGGUGAAGCAGGAAAAGUUUUUGGAUGAUUUCGAAGAGCCAUUGAAAAUCGAAGUUCCAGAGAAGCAGUAA